AUGGCUCCCAAAAAGUUCUUCAGCACAAAGAAGCAAAAUGGCUUCAGCGACUCGGGGUAUAGCCCUGCCCUAAGAUCAUUCAUCGAAAAGCUUAAGCUUCCGGACGAAAUAACCUGUGCCAUCUGUCACCAAAUCUACCCACAAGGACAUUACUCCAAAGGUCAACUUCUUAGCCUUUGCCGCGCAUUUUACUCCCAAGGAGACACUGUUCUCAUUGACCAACGCUUCGCAAAGUGCUCAACAUGCUGCUGCGCUGCCGUUGUUGAGAGCAAGUGUCGAUUCUGCAGCCACUGGAAGGGUAUUGAUAACUUUGCGCGUACCCAACGUACGCUAGAACAGCCGGCUUGCAAGAAAUGUCAAGAUUAUUACCAAGAGUCAGCAUUCGCCCUGGAUUUGCCUGCCCCUACCGAGAAGAAUCUCAUCGAAGCUGGGGAUGAACCGAAGACUCGACUUCUGCUGCCCUCAAAUGAAGACGGGUCCAGCCAUGAGCACUCCAACAAUGAAACCCUGGCUGAAAGCAAUUCUGAUGCCAAUGGCCUUGGUGAUAUUGACGAUGAAGGGAGCAUCCCACCUAUCGUAACCUUGAUCGGCGCUGGCGAGACCGAGUCCCCUGUGACUCGACUUGUACCGUUGGCAACUAUGCCAGCCAAGACUCCUAGGUUUCUCAAGGUCCGGCCAACUCGUCCUACCCUGUCAGAGGUAACUAUCGCACCUCCUGAACAACCACACGACGACGAGUCUGAGGAUGAAUGCGCUGCUGAUAUGGAUACAUGGCGAUACCUGUAG